UAUAAGAACGUGCAACACACUAGCGAGUGCACAUUUGGCAAGAAUGGCGUUGCGUGAUGCCGGACCUAGUGUUGUUAUUGUCGGCGGAGGGAUCGCGGGCUUGACAGCAGCUUCACACCUCAAAAACAACGGACUGACAAACGUGACAUUGUUGGAAGCACAAGAGAGACUGGGAGGCAGGAUUCACACUGUGAAGUUUGGUGAGAGCGUCCUUGACCUUGGUGCACAGUGGAUCCAUGGGUUGAAGGGAAACUGUGUCUACAAGCUAGCGAAGGAACAUGACCUAGUGACUGUGGAAGAAGACAAAGCAGAAAACAACACCAGGAGCAGACUAGAUGAGAUUGAUGGCUACUUGUUCCUCACAUCCAAGGGUGAGGAAGUGGACAAGACAAUUGUCAACAAAAUGGUAAAGAUUUGGGAUGAAAUCUACAUUGAAGCAGAAGAAUUCUUCAGCACAGAUGAUGAAAGUGACAGCGAUAGCAGCAGCGACAGUGAAAGCAGCAGCGACGAGGACUGUGGUGGCACCGGGAAAGAAAAGCCACGUUUUAGAGCCAGGGAUUUGUUUCCUUGUGGGCAGACGCCAAAAUCAUAUGGAGAAUAUUUUGAUAGGUGUUUUCAACAUUGCAUGAUGAGUAACAAAGGUGAUUCUGAAGAUGAAAGAAACUUACAAAAAGCCUUUGCAGAAUGGCAAAAGCAAUUUGAAAAUAUUGACAAUGCAUGUUCUUCCUUGAAUGAGUUGCAUGUAGGAGCAUGGGGUAAAUAUUUUGACUGUGAUGGAGAUCAGGAGGCAGAGUUCAAGAAUGGCUUCCAAACUAUUCUUGAUGUUAUUAUUGAGAAGAUUCCAUCCAAAUCCAUUCACUUAUCAAAACCAGUGAAAACUGUUCAUUGGCAGACGUCAAAAGAAAAAUUCCAAACUACUACCAAUGACCUCUCAAUCGUGGAAUGUGAAGAUGGCACAAUUUUCAAAGCAGACUAUGUCAUCAUUACGCCAUCUGUUGGUGUUCUGAAAGAAAGGGAGGGAACUCUGUUUGACCCUCCCUUGCCAGAUGACAAAAAGUAUGUGCUGAAGAACAUGGGAUAUGGAACAGUGAACAAGAUCUAUCUUGAAUGGGAGACUAGAUUCUGGGAUGAGAACUGUUACGGUUUUCAGUUUCUCUGGUUGGACAAUGUUCCAGUGAAGAGUGCAAAGUCUGAGUUGAGAACUGAGUCAGGGGAAAUGUGGUACAAUAAGAUGCAGGGGUUUGGCUGUGUCAUCAACCAGCCGACAGUGCUGGAAGUGUUUGUGAGCGGGGAGAAGGCCAAGAUCAUGGAGGCACUGGAUGACCAGGAGGUGAUGGACGUCUGUGUAGAACUACUGACCAUCUUCACCAAGCUCAACAUACCAUCGCCCAAACGCAUUCUCAGGACAUACUGGCACACCAACCCAUUCUUCAGAGGGUCGUACAGUGUCAUCACACCUGAUCUCUCGUUAACAGACCAUGACAUCCUUAGGGAACCAUUGCCUUCUAGAGAAGACCCAGUUUUGCUGUUUGCUGGGGAGGCGUGCAGCAAGCACCACUUCACGACUACACACGGAGCCAUGGAAUCUGGGGAGAAUGCCGUGAAGAUCAUUCUCAAGGAUCUGAAAAGACAUCAGAAGGCAGGGCAUGUUAAGAAAUGAACAUUUUUUGUAAUUGUUUAACUUGCUAGCUCACGAGCUAUUUAUUUACUCAAAUUCGGCGAUCUGAUGAGGCAUAUUUUAUUUAUAGCCAAUGAGCUCCAUUGCUCUUUUCAGUGCAGGGCAGGUUAGGGUCAAGGUCGUCAAUGGCGAACGGGCCGCGACACAAUUCUGUUUGCGAUAAAUAAAUGUACAUAAACUCAU